UAGUACGUCAUGUCAUUUUAAAGUAUCCUUUGAGUAAUUUAAACAGAGAGGUUGAGUAGCCAACCAUGAACUGCCACAACAAAAUCCAAUUACAAACUUCUCAACUUUCUCACCAAUUAAUCCACCCGUUUUGUCAAAGAAGUCCACUUUUCUUUUUGAUCCUUCACUUCAACUGUUUAAUCUCUCACCUACUUUCAAUCACAUAUAUAACAUAGUUUCUACACUUCUAUUAAACAAGCCAUCCAAUCUCACCCUUUUUCCACCAUCUUGAUUGCUCAAUCACCCCAACAUCACGAGCAAAAGAAAAUAUUAAACCAAUUUGUAUCAGCCAAAAGAAAAAAUAAAAAAAGAUCUCAAAUAAUGAAGCAUGGUAGCGGAUACAUUGCUUAUGACAUAGUCAUGGUUACUCUAUCUUUAUGCCUCAUUGUUCUUGGUGUGGUUCUUUUUCUUGCAUGCAAGAGGAAACCGGUUGAGUCUCAAGAAACAGUUGUUGUGAAGCAUUGUGCUCGUGUAUACUCAUUGAUGGACAUUGAUGCUGCCACUGAUGGCUUCAACCAUAGAAGAAUAAUGGGAAAGGGUCGCUUGGGAACGGUGUAUGCUGGGGUGCAAGAGAAUGGAGAACUUGUGGCUGUGAAAAGGAUUCAUUCUGUGCUUGUGUUGAGCAAUGCAGGGUUAGGGUUCUCAUCGGUGUUGAAAUGGCUCUCUUCAGCUCAACACCCCAACGUGGUUCCCAUAAUAGGAUUCUCAGAAGCACCGGGUGAGAGGAUCAUAGUGAUGGAGUUUGAACGCAUGGUGAGUUUGGAGUUCUAUUUGCACCAAAAUGUUAAUGAGGCUUCACUUUUGGAUUGGAACAAGAGGGUCAGAAUUGCUGCUGGAGCAGCUAGGGGGCUUGAGUAUUUGCAUGAAGUGGCAACAUCAAACAUUGUACAUGGGUGUGUCAAGUCCUCAAAUGUUUUGAUUGAUGUCAACUUUUGUCCUAGGAUUUGUGAUUAUGGUCUCAACUUUUUGGCACCAUGGAAAAAGAGAGGGCUUGUAGGUUAUGUGGAUGAUGAGUAUUGGAAUGAAAGUGGGGGUGGUGGUGCUAGCAAGGAAAGUGAUGUUUAUGGUUUAGGGGUGGUAUUGCUUGAGCUAUUGAGUGGUAGAGGAUGUGAGGAAGGAUUACUUGCAAAGUGGGCAUUGCCUUUGAUCAAGGAAAUGAGUUUUAGUGAACUUUUGGAUCCUAGGUUGGUAAUUCCUUCUGACAUGAAACCUUUAGUUAGAUUAUCCAAAGUUGCUUCAGCUUGUGUUGGUAAUUCAAGAAAGUGUAGGCCUUCCAUUGCUCAAGUGACAACUAUUUUGAACAAUUUAGAGAUUGAAGUGUGCAUAUGAUCCUGUUGGUUAUGCUCGGAGCCACCUCAUGAUGAAGUCCAAUACUCAAAUUGAUAGGAGCAAUUGCCUUCAAUUUUGGACUAUGCAGACGGAGACCUGUUACCUAAAUGGGAAAAAAGUUGGUAUGCAUUUCUGAUCUGUAAAAUAUUUCUUAUAAGCUUUAACGUUAUACUGACAAGGGAUGCUAGUGUUUAGACUGUAAUGGAAAGUUGGUAUUCAUUUAAGGAAAUUUAUGUCAAUUUAUGGUUCCCUUUGGUGUGGGGAUCCUUUUGUUGAUGAAAGGGAAAGGGA